GAAAACAGAGGGAGGUUCACUCUGAGGGAGGAAGUUGUAGGUUUACUACCUGAUAGCUGCAGAUGAAUGAAGACAAGAUUCAGGAAAUGUGGACUAACUGACUUGUGAGGACCUGGGCUUGAACCUGCCAGUCAGGCAAGAGGCUAAAAGAUCAAAGACAGGCUGAGGAAAUUUCCAAGAAAUCCAAGGACCUGUCGUGCCUUUGUGUCCAGGUGCCAAUGUGUUUGCAGCACAGACCGGUCUAAGCCACCAGCCACUGCUCCUGCUGGGUGGGGAUGUGUGUGGCUGAGAAUAAGUGAGUGCUAGAAAGACACAGAAUGACAUAAGCUCCAACGAGACAAGCGUAAGACGAGGAGGGAUAAAGCAUGUGUGGCGAAUCGAUUUCCCUCUAUUGUUACUGUUGAUGGAUGGAUUUACUAGUCGGACUGUCUGUGUGGUCGUGUACACGUCUGCUGACUAACAUGACACCUUUGAUGUUUACUCGAGUUCAGGACUGUGCCAUGAUUUUCCCAGUACUGGUGUUACUGGUACUCCUGUUGCUUUGUGGACCUGCGUCCUCUCUCCAGAGAGAAACCCAGAACAUCAAGAACAGUGAAGACACACCAAAAGGACAAAAGACUGAAACGGUGGACUACAGCACUGCCCAGACAGACAAAUGUUCGUAUACCUUUAUUGUCCCUCAGCAGAAAAACAAUGGGGCCAUCUGUGUGAACUCCAAGGAGCCCGAGGCCCUGCUGGAGAAUAGGGUCAAUAGGCAGGAGCUGGAGCUGCUCAACAGUGAGCUUCAGAAGCAGAGGAGGCAGAUUGAUGCAUUGCAUCAGCUAGUGGAAGUCGAUGGUGGUGUGAUCAACGAAGUCAAACUACUUCGCAAAGAGAGUCGAAAUAUGAACUCCAGAGUGACGCAGCUCUACAUGCAGCUACUACAUGAGAUCAUCCGCAAACGAGACAACGCACUGGAGGUUUCACAGCUGGAGACCCGUGUGCUCAACCACACCAACGAGAUGGCAAGGCUGGCUGUACGGUACCAUGACCUGGAGCACAAGUACCAGCGCCUGUCAGAGCUCGCAGGUAACCAGAGCGCUUUGCUGCUGCAGCUGGAGGAGAGGUGUAAACAGGAAACAUACUCCUACAGUACGGUGCAGGAGAGGAGCCGCCCUGUCCUCCCACAGCCUCCUAUACAGAUGCCUGCACUAUCUCCUGGAGGCUACAGACCCUUCCAUCCACCUGCCUACGUCCACCACACCAACAACCACAUGAACAACGAGAUACAGAAUGACCAGAACCCCAAAACACUACCACAGCCAACCAUGCCAAGUGCUGCCCACAGCUUUACAAACGAGCCCUUAGGACCUUUCAAAGACUGUCUAGAGGCUCUGGAAAGUGGAUAUACCACCAGCGGCAUGUACCUCCUGAAACCAGAGAAAAGCAACAAGCUCAUGCAGGUUUGGUGUGACCAGAGACACGACCCCGGUGGAUGGACCGUCAUCCAGAGGCGUCAGGAUGGCUCCGUCAACUUUUUUAGGAACUGGGACACAUAUAAGCAAGGAUUUGGAAACAUACAUAGUGAAUAUUGGUUAGGUCUAGAAAACAUUUACUGGCUGACAAACCAAGGGACCUAUAAGCUGCUGGUGAUACUAGAAGACUGGACUGGACGAAAGACCUUUGCAGAGUACGCCGGUUUCCGCAUCGAGUCCGAGGCUGAUUUCUACAGACUACGGGUCGGCAGAUACCAUGGCAACGCAGGGGAUUCCCUUACCUGGCACAACAGCAAGCAGUUCACCACACUGGACAGAGACCACGAUGUCUACGCAGGUAACUGCGCCCACUACCAGAAGGGAGGAUGGUGGUAUAACGCAUGUGCUCAUUCCAACCUAAAUGGUGUGUGGUACCGUGGAGGACACUACCGCAGUCGCUACCAGGACGGGGUCUACUGGACCGAGUUAAGAGGAGCCUCAUAUUCUCUUAAGAAAGUGACCAUGAUGGUACGACCCAAUGCAAACACCUUCCACUAACACUGCAGCCAAGUGAACAAAUAUCCUAAACGGAUUCACCAUGUCUCCAAAAUGGGAACGGUUUAUGUCUUCGCACACAGUAGCUUUGAACUGCAAAGGCUAAUAAUGUUACAUAGUAUCUGUACAGUUUGUAACUGGAUUCAGGUCUUUAAGGAAUACAGUAUAGUACUAUAGUACACUUUGUCUGUGUAUUACAAAUACUUUGUAAUAACUUCAUUCUGCAUGAUACAUUAGUUGUACUGGACAUUGCUGCCAUGUUAAAUGAACAGUUUAUUUGUUGUUUACUUACAGUUUAUUAAUAGCUGAGCUCAGUGAGUCGUGCUAAGCUGCAUAGCAGCUCAACCAUCGGUGUGUGAAAGUGUGUGCGCCUGUGUGACAGUGCAACGGACAACAACUAAUAUUCCAUCCCAAAAAUGCAAUAAAGACAAUUAUCAAAACCAUUAACAAAAAAUAGCCCAUUAUGAACUAGUUGAUAAAACCUGUUACUGCCUCCUACACGUAUUUUCAAUUUAUCUUUUAUGUACUGAAUAGAACAAAAUUCAGCUCACCUUAUGUAUACAGUUGUAUGUAGAAAUAUGAAUGAUAAAAAGUACCUGCUAGCUAAUGCUAAACUAGGUUUGUUGUUGAGUAGAGUAUGUACAGUGUGUAAAUGUAAAGUGUGUGUGUGUGUGUGUGGGGGGGGGGGGGGGGGGGGUUACUUGUGUAAACAGCAGCAACCUGUUGUUAAGACAAAUGUAAUAACUAAAAUCAAUGUAGUUUUUUAAAAGAUGUAAAUCUGUUGAAUUUUCUUUGGUAAUAGUGGCUUCUUAAUUUAGUCUAAACAGUUAUGAGUUUCCAACACAAAUAAUUUUUAUACAUUUUAAAAAAAAUUUAGCAAGAUAUUAAGUUUAGUUGUUCAUUUUUUUUACAAGGUAAAAGUAGCUAAAAUAGACCAACAGUAGAUAGAAGACAACCAGUUUAGUGUGUGCACCUGAUUUUUUUUCAGUGUUUUUUUCAGCCACUGUAGUGUACAGUUACACAAAACACAACGUUUUUAUAGUAGAUCAUUUUGUAUAGUUUGUAUUUUAACAAUUGUGCAAUAAACUUUGUACAGUCGUG